GCGACUAAACUCGCAGCUUCGAGUUACAGUAGCAGACACUGAAGAACAAGAGAGAGAAAUUGAAGCAGAAGAUUGAGAGGAGAGAGAAGCAGUGAGAGGAAGCGAAAUGAUGAGGUUGUAAGAAAGUGAAGAAGUUUGCGUGUAUUUACGACAGGAAGUUGUGUUGUGAUUUUGGUGGUGGAAGAUUCACGAACAGGUUGUUUUUUCUAUCUGAUUUUUGGUUUAUUGCAAUGGGAGCUCGUUGCUCCAGAUUUGGACUCUGUUUUUGGCCUUCUCAGAUCGAAUCUAAUCUCAACGAUUUGUCCUGCGCCGAUAAUGAGGACGCAUUGCCUGGAUUCUGCGAGUACAGUUUCGAUCAAUUAAGAGCUGCUACUUCGGGAUUUUCUUCGGAGAACAUUGUUUCUGAGCAUGGAGAGAAAGCGCCCAAUGUUGUUUAUAGGGGAAAACUUGACGAUGACCGAGUGAUUGCUGUGAAGCGCUUCAACAAGUCGGCUUGGCCCGAUUCUCGCCAAUUCCUAGAUGAAGCUAGAGCUGUGGGGCAGCUAAGGAAUCAGCGAUUGGCGAAUUUGAUUGGAUGCUGCUGCGAGGGCAAUGAGAGAUUGCUAGUGGCUGAGUUCAUGCCCAAUGAAACUCUUUCCAGGCACCUUUUUCAUUGGGAAACGCAGCCCAUGCAGUGGGCAAUGAGGCUUCGAGUGGCAUUAUAUCUAGCACAAGCUUUGGAGUACUGCAGUAGUAAGGGACGCGCAUUGUACCAUGACCUUAAUGCUUAUAGAGUUCUCUUCGAUCAGGAUGGUAAUCCCAGGCUCUCCUGUUUUGGCCUUAUGAAGAACAGUAGAGAUGGAAAGAGCUAUAGUACCAACCUGGCUUUCACCCCUCCAGAAUAUAUGAGGACAGGGAGGAUAACGCCAGAAAGUGUUGUUUACAGCUUUGGCACUCUAUUGCUUGAUCUUCUCAGUGGCAAACAUAUUCCCCCUAGCCAUGCACUGGAUCUGAUACGUGCCAAAAAUUUUCCGAUGCUGAUGGACUCGUGUUUAGAAGGUCAUCUCUCUAAUGAUGAGGGGACUGAACUAGUGAGGUUGGCUUCAAGAUGUUUACAGUAUGAACUUCGUGAGAGGCCAAAUGUCAAGUCUCUUGUAAUUGCUCUCACUGCUCUUCAGAAAGAAACCGAGGUUCCUUCUUACGUUCUUAUGGGAAUUUCGCAUGGGAAUGCUUCCUCUAAGCAAAUUUCAUUAUCACCUUUUGGGGAGGCUUGCUCAAGAACGGAUCUUACUGCAAUACAUGAAUUUUUGGAGAAGGCUGGAUACAAGGAUGAUGAGGGAGUUGCAAAUGAGCUUUCUUUCCAAAUGUGGACAAGCCAAAUACAGGAAACACUCAAUUCUAAGAAGCGUGGGGACUCGGCAUUUCGAGCUAAAGACUUCGUAAAUGCCAUCGAUUGCUACACGCAAUUUAUAGAUGGAGGAACCAUGGUAUCACCAACAGUGUUUGCUAGACGUAGUUUGUGUUACUUGAUGAGUGACAUGCCUCAGGAAGCUCUAGGAGAUGCUAUGCAAGCGCAAGCAGUGUCACCAGACUGGCCAACUGCCAUGUAUCUUCAAGCUGCCGCCCUUUUCAUCCUUGGAAUGGAAAAUGAUGCACAAGAAACUCUGAGAGAUGGAACAACCCUGGAAUUCAAAAAAGAAAGAACUUGAAUCUGUAUAGGUAUUUCUCUUUAAUUUAACAUUAUUAUUCUUAAAUAUUUCUUUUCUGUUUUAAGUUUCUGCAACACCAAAAGGGUAUGAUUAUUGAACUUGUGAGAGAGAUGAUGUUGGUGCAAAUUUAUAUUUUCAUUGCCCAACAAAGCUAUCUGUUGAUUCUGUUCUGCUCCAGAUGUCAAA